AACAACACUCUCCACGAUCAACGCAGCUCUUCUCAGCUCCCAAACCCUCCGAACGAGUCUCGAAGCGAUCUCCGAAUCAUGACGUCUACGAAUUUCGUCUCCCCCGGCCAGCAGCGCUAUCUGCGCGCGUGCAUGGUCUGCUCCAUCGUCAUGACCUACAACCGAUUCCGCGACGAAGGCUGCCCCAACUGCGACGAGUUCCUCCACCUCGCUGGCUCCCAGGACCAGAUCGAAAGCUGCACCUCGCAGGUCUUUGAAGGUGUCAUCACCCUCGCCAACCCUGCGCGCUCGUGGAUAGCGAAGUACCAGCGACUCGACGGCUACGUUCCAGGCAUGUACGCCAUCAAGGUGUCGGGUCAGCUGCCUGAUGACGUUCGGUCGACUCUUGAGGACGAAUACAGAAUACAAUACAUCCCGCGCGACGGUACAGAGGCCGAGGCGGAUGCUUAG